CCUCGGCUGCCCGGAACCGGCCUUGGAGCUGCGGCGGAACCUGAAGCUGCUUUCCCUCCCGCCCCAUGGAGCGGCCCCCGGGGCUGCGGCCGGGCGCGGGCGGGCCCUGGGAGAUGCGAGAGCGGCUUGGCACCGGAGGGUUCGGAAAUGUCUGUUUGUACCAGCAUAGGGAACUUGAUCUCAAAAUAGCUAUUAAGUCUUGCCGCCUAGAGCUAAGUACCAAAAACAGAGAACGGUGGUGCCAUGAAAUCCAGAUUAUGAAGAAGUUGAACCAUGCUAAUGUUGUAAAAGCCUGUGAUGUUCCUGAGGAAUUGAAUUUUUUAAUUAAUGAUGUGCCUCUUCUAGCAAUGGAAUACUGUUCUGGAGGAGAUCUCCGGAAGCUACUCAACAAACCAGAAAAUUGUUGUGGACUGAAAGAAAGCCAGAUACUUUCUUUACUCAGUGAUAUAGGGUCUGGGAUUCGAUAUUUACAUGAAAAUAAAAUUAUACAUCGAGAUCUAAAACCUGAAAAUAUAGUUCUUCAGGAUGCUGGUGGAAAGAUAAUGCAUAAAAUAAUUGAUCUGGGAUAUGCUAAAGAUGUUGAUCAGGGAAGUCUUUGUACAUCUUUUGUGGGAACACUGCAAUAUCUGGCCCCAGAACUCUUUGAGAAUAAGCCUUACACCGCCACUGUUGAUUAUUGGAGCUUUGGGACAAUGGUAUUUGAAUGUAUUGCUGGAUAUCGGCCUUUUUUGCAUCAUCUGCAACCAUUUACCUGUUUGAUAGUAGAGCCUAUGGAAAACUGGCUACAGUUGAUGCUGAAUUGGGACCCACAGCAGAGAGGGGGACCUGUUGACCUUACUUUAAAGCAACCAAGAUGUUUUGUAUUAAUGGAUCACAUCCUGAAUUUGAAGAUAGUACACAUCCUAAAUAUGACUUCUGCAAAGAUAAUUUCUUUUCUGUUACCACCUGAUGAAAGUCUUCAUUCACUGCAGUCUCGUAUUGAGCGUGAAACUGGAAUAAAUACUGGUUCUCAAGAACUUCUUUCAGAGACAGGAAUUUCUCUGGAUCCUCGGAAACCAGCAUCUCAAUGUGUUCUAGAUGGAGUUAGAGGCUGUGAUAGCUAUAUGGUUUAUUUGUUUGAUAAAAGCAAGACUGUAUAUGAAGGACCAUUUGCUUCUAGAAGUUUGUCUGAUUGUGUAAAUUAUAUUGUACAAGACAGCAAAAUACAGCUUCCAAUUGUACAGCUACGUAAAGUAUGGGCUGAAGCAGUACACUAUGUGUCUGGGCUAAAAGAAGACUACAGCAGGCUCUUUCAGGGACAAAGAGCAGCAAUGUUAAGUCUUCUUAGGUACAAUGCCAACUUGACAAAAAUGAAGAACACUUUGAUAUCAGCAUCGCAGCAACUGAAAGCUAAAUUGGAAUUUUUUCACAAAAGCAUUCAGCUUGACCUGGAGAGAUACAGUGAGCAGAUGACUUAUGGUAUAUCUUCAGAAAAAAUGCUGAAAGCUUGGAAAGAAAUGGAAGAAAAGGCCAUCCACUAUGCUGAGGUUGGUGUCAUUGGAUACCUUGAAGAUCAAAUUAUGUCUUUGCACACUGAAAUCAUGGAGCUACAGAAGAGCCCCUAUGGAAGACGCCAAGGAGAUCUGAUGGAAUCUCUAGAACAGCGUGCUAUUGAUCUGUAUAAGCAAUUAAAGCACAGACCUACGGAUCACUCCUACAGUGACAGCACAGAGAUGGUGAAGAUCAUUGUGCAUACUGUUCAGAGUCAAGAUCGUGUUCUCAAGGAGCUGUUUGGCCAUCUAAGCAAGCUUUUGGGCUGUAAGCAGAAGAUUAUUGACCUACUCCCCAAGGUAGAAGUGGCCCUCAGUAACAUCAGAGAAGCUGACAAUACUGUCAUGUUCAUGCAGGGAAAGAGGCAGAAAGAAAUAUGGCAUCUCCUUAAAAUUGCCUGUACACAGAGUUCUGCCCGGUCACUUGUAGGAUCCAGUCUAGAAGGUGCAGUAACUCCUCAGGCAUCAGCAUGGUUGCCUCCAACUUUAGUAGAACGUGAACAUCCUCUGUCAUGCGUGGUAACUCCUCAAGAUGGGGAGAGUUUAGCUCAAAUGAUAGAAGAAAAUUUGAACUGUCUUGGCCGUUUAAGUACUAUUAUUCGUGAAGCAAAUGAGGAACAGGGCAGUAGCAUGAUGAAUCUUGAUUGGAGUUGGUUAACUGAAUGACUUGCCACUUGUUCACUGUCCUCAAACCUGUGGAAGUUGUUGCUGCAAAUGUUGGAAAUUUGUUUUUCCUUCAUGAAACCAUUCUUCACAUACCAGUCAAUGGAAGAAAUGGCUAUACUCAGAAACUAUGUAUGUCUUUACUCUUGAUUUUGAGUAAUUUUUACCUCCAAACAGAUAGGAUCUUAUGAAAAGUCAGUGGACUUGUUUAAAUAUUUGUUUAAAUAUUGCAACUACUGAGGAGCAUCACUGUGGCCCAUAUGUUUUCAGACUUGGUAAAACAUUACUUAUUUACCUGACUUAAAAUACCUUCUAAAGUUUUAACUUUUAGGCAUAAAGCCAAACAUAGUAUUGUAUACAGAGAAAAAAAAGUCACUUAAGUAAAUGUUGCCUAUCUGUGUUUUUACGGAAGAGACUGCCCAUAACUGAAAUUGUACUUCUUCAAGAAUAAAUCCUACCUCCUUAUGUUGUACUCAGCAGGGCUCUUCCUGGCAUCAUAAGGAGUUGGCUUAAUUCUAUUUUAUUUUUAUGGCACAUUUAAUGCCCUUCUCACAGAAGGUAUUGUGCAUCUGUGCCUUCAAUUCCAACUGAUUGUCGUAAAUCAUGUGUGCUAUAUUUGUGUAUGUAUUUAAGAUGUACAUUUAAUAAUAUCAAAGAAAAAGAUGUCUGUUAAUUUAUAAUGUGUUUGAUAGCUUUUGUGUUUUUUCAUUUGUAAAAAAGGAUCAUUUGUUUAAAUAGGUUUUUUGUCUUACCAUACAAGCUUAUAAAGAUCUGCAUUCCUUUAACUGUUAUUGUAAUUUCAAAAUCCAGGAAGUUAUGAAAACAAAGUUUUCAUAAGCUUGAUGACAAAAUUUCUUUAUAUAUCUAAACUGACAAUCUGUUUAUCCCAUUGUGUGUGAAUAUUCCUUUAUUUUGCUGCGUAAAUAUUAACAUGUUUGAUUACUGGGGAGGGUGUGCUACCACAUUUUUUAAGGAUUAAUGUAGCAUGGUAUAUGCACCAAAUUACCUGUCUAAAAAUCUAAAACAUUCUAAAACAUCUGUCCCCAAAGCUUUCAGAUAAUGCACUGUGGAUCUCUUAUCUUUUGUUAAAUAAUUUAGAAGGUAUUAUUUGUCUAAAAAAUGUGAAAUGCUUUUAUAUUCUAGUUUUUCACUUUAUGUAUUAAAUGAUUUUUAAAUUAUA